AUGAAGGGCCGUCCCAUCGAUCAGCUCGUUUACGAGCACAUGUUCCCCAAGCCUCGCGCCAGCGACCCCCAGAACUUCCACGCCCUUUUGCAACGCAGCCUCAUCCUGGAGGUUCGUCAAGAGGUCCACUCCUUCUAUGGCCACCUCGACACACAAGAAGCCAAAUAUCCGGGAUUGGAUUAUUGCAAUCCCAUUCAUCGCAUUCGCCUGAGCCGCUGGACUUGGCACCGUCGCCUUUUCCGAGCGUUUGACAACCUUCGUCUUACCCCCAACGAGAUCUCGGGCUUGACCAAAUGGGAGGGCACGAAAUGGGCCAAAGAGCGCUAUGAGAAGGAGCAGGGCAUCACUAUCAGGGAUACGGCGAAUGAUGGAUUCCCGGACUGGGUUGAGCCCGAAGACCGCCCUACUCCCCCGGUCCGGAGCGCUCGAUCACGAUCUGUCGAGACGGACGACGCAACAGCAUCUGGAGACGAAGACAUGGACGGCGAGGAGAGCGAAGAGGAGCUAGAGAGCGUUGGAGUGGCCUUGAACCAGCGGCUGAGAGAAAGGGCAGCCCGGCGAGAGGCGGGAGACAUGUCAACGGUUCUGGAUGAGGAAUGGGAGCAGUGGCUGAAGAACGUCAUCGAGAGUGGUGAGCUGCCGUACAUCUCGAACGGGAUUCCCACAUCAACAACCGACGCUGCAGAUGCGGUUGUCCCGCAGGCCCUAUUUCCUCCUCGCAUGCUGAUGGCUGCCCGCGCCGGCCAGUGGCAAGAUAUCCCCGAUUUCCUCCACGACAUCAUUCGCCGUACUCUCGAGACCAGCUCCGGCCUGGAAGACGCCAUCAUGCCACCGGCUCGUCUGCCCACCCUGGCCAGCUCUAGUGCAGCACGAGAGCGAAGAGGCACCGACGAGCACCACAUUGGCGGUGUCACAAACUGGCGGCGUACGUAUUCGGAUCUGCGCCUCCCUGUUGGCGAUAGCGCGACUAGCCCGGCUUUGCAACGGACGGCACAGGCCCCCGGCGCCUAG